AUGCUCCCGGCGUCGGGCGUCGCGUCCGGCGAGUUCUACUGGGUCAGCGACGACAAGAGCGCCUGGGUCGCGUGCCGCUGCGAACGGACGGGCGCGCGCGCGACGCUCACGCGGCCCGACGGCUCCACGCUCGGCCUCGGCGCGGACAAGCUCGGCGAGCUCGAGCCCGUCGACGCGGGCUCGGUAGCGACCGUCGUCGACAACCUCGUGGAGCUCGACAGCUACAGCGAAGGGGCCAUCGCGUACCAGCUAGGGAGACGCUACGAGAACUCGGAGAUCUACACGUUCGUCGGCUCCAUUCUCGUGGCCGUGAACCCCUUCCAGAACCUGCCCCGGGCCUUUUACUCCGAGGACGCCAUGGCCAGGUGCCUGAGCGUCGAGCGCGCGGCCCAGGCCGGUGGUGUCAAACCCGCCCCCCACGUCUACGCGACGGCCGCGCGCGCGUUCCUCGGCGCGCUGCGGGAGAAGAAGCCCCAGUCCGUGCUCAUCUCCGGCGAGUCCGGCGCAGGCAAGACGGAGACCACCAAAAAGAUCCUGGCGCUCAUCGCCCACGCGACCGCGUCCGGCGACGCCUCGGAGACGUCCAUCGAGAAGCAGAUCAUGCAGUCGAACCCCAUCUUGGAGAGCUUCGGCAACGCGAAGACCCUGCGCAACGACAACUCGAGCCGCUUCGGCAAGUGGAUGAUCAUCGAGCUGGGCUUCAAGGAUGCGACGCCGGCCAUCGCGGGCUGCCGCAUCGACCACUACCUGCUGGAGACGGCGCGCGUGUCGCGGCAGCUCCACGGCGAGCGCAACUACCACGCGCUCUACAUGGCCCAGACCCUCGAGGCGUCCCGCGGCCUCAAGCUCAAGGGCGCGGCGCACCACGCCUACCUGUCGUCGUCGGGCUGCGUCGCCGUCCCCGGCCGCGACGAGGAGCGGGAGACGGACGAGCUCCUCGGCGCACUCAAGGACCUCGGCUUCUCCAAGGACGACACGACGAACUUGUUCCGCGUCGUCGCCGCGGUCCUGCACGCGGGCGACGUCGCCUUCGACGCCGCGGCCGAGGGCGACGGCUCCGUCGUCGGCGACGUGAAGACUUUACAGCUCGCGGCGGAGUUCGCGGGCCUGACGGACCUGCUGGGCGACCUCGAGCGGGGCCUCACGCACAAGGAGGUGCCCCAGCCCAAGGGCGAGCCCAUCCUCUCGCCGCUGCGGCCCGAGGCCGCGGCCGACGCGCGCGACGCGCUCGCGAAGGCGUUGUACGGCCGCUGCUUCUCCUGGCUCGUGGAGACGGUCGACGGCGCGCUGGAGGCCGGCGGCGGCAUCAAGAAGGAGACGCUCGUCGGCGUCUUAGAUAUUUUCGGCUUCGAGGUCUUCAAGCAGAACAGCUUCGAGCAGCUCUGCAUCAACCUCGCGAACGAGAAACUCCAGAAGCACUUCAACGACGUCAUCUUCGAGGGCGAGAUGGCCAUCUACAAGGAGGAAGAGGUGCCCUGCGACGACAUCGUCUUCGCGGACAACCUCCCGUGCUUGGAGCUCUUAGAAGCACCGAAAGCUCGGGGCGUGCUCAGCGCGCUCGACGAGCAGCGCGUCACGCCCGGCGGUUCCGACGCCAAAUUCGUCGCCGUCUUGAACGACCACCACGCGGACCACGCGCACUACUCCAAGGCGAAGCCGUCCAUGUCGGCCAUGUGUUUCACGGUCCACCACUUCGCGGGGCCCGUGACCUACGACGCCGUCGGCUGGCUCGAGAAGAACGCGGACGCGCUCCUGCCCGGGCUACGGAGGUGCCUGGCGAAAUCCAAAAAUCCGCUCGUCGCGAAGCUCUUCCCGCCGGCCGUCGAGGAGGCCGACGCCGGGGGCCGCGCGAAGAAGAAGGGCAACGCGACCAUCGCGUCCAAGUUCAAGGCCGACCUCGGGCGGCUGGACGCGCAGCUCCGAGACACGGCGCCGCACUUCGCGCGCUGCGUGAAGCCGAACCAGCUCGCGCUGCCGGGCCGCUUCGAGAACCCGCUCGUGCUGCGCCAGCUCAAGUACGCGGGCCUCUUCGAGGCCAUACGGAUCCGCAAGGCCGGCUACGCCGUGCGCGUGCCCCUGGAGGCCUUCGUGAAGCGCUACGCGCGGACGCUGCCG